AAAAAAAAAAUAAUCAUUAUAAUUAAUUAUUUUCAGAAUAAAAAAUAUAUAAACAAUUAAUCAAUUAAUUUUUGACCAUAUAAAGAUAGAUUUCACCAAUUUAAACAUGAGAGAAAUGGGGCCUUUUAGAUCGUCCGUUUUGGACUCUUCAACUAAUAAAGACGAUAUACUUAAUAUAGUCCUGUUGGGUGAAGGUAGUGCUGGUAAGACAACUAUGACAGUAAGAGUCAAAGAAGGCAGGUUCAUUGAAUAAUACGACCCUACAUUAUAUGAUGUCCAUAAAUUCAAAAUGUCUGUUGAUGGAUAAGAUGAGCAUGUUGAGAUUUAGGAUACUGCAGGACAAGAAGUUUUCUAUGAUUCUGUUAUAGACGAAUUUAUACGUAAAGCUAAUGGUAUAGUGUUUAUGUACUAAAUAACAAGUUAGCAUUCUUUACAGGAAUUAGAAGAAAAGUAUAUACAAAAGGUUAGACUGAUAAAAAAGGAUAUGUUUCAUGCAGUAAUUGUUGGAAAUAAGAAAGAUUUAGAGUCAUAUAGAGAAGUUUCUUUUGAGGAGGGCAAGCAAGUUGCAGAUAAAUAUAAUAUUCCUUUUUACGAAAUAUCUCUAAAAAAAGAAGAUUAAAUUGCCCUUCAAAUAUUUUAAGAUCUAGUACGAAAGAUGAAACCAAAAAAAGCAGUAAUUCCCUUAAAAUAAACAUAAAGUUAAAACUGGUGUAAUAAAACAUGCUAAAUUUUUUGAUAAAACUAACCAAAGUUCUAAUUAUAUUUUACCGACAGCUUUAAGCAUAAGAAAAAUGCGGAUUUACAGUAACCAAUAAAUAGAUGAUUUAUAUAAUUUAAGUUGUAAUACAUACAAGUAGAUAGAUAGAUAGAUACUAAGCACUCACUCUUAAAUAAUCAAUCAAAAAGAUAUAUGAUGGAUGGAUGAGAAAUUCUGAUAAAAAAUUAAUUAAAUAAAUAAAUAAAUAAAUAAGCUUUUGCAAAUAUUUAAAAUCUAUUUUAAAUAAAUAAACAAAUACUUAUAUACAUACAUAGAUAGAUAAUUAUAUAUACAUUUUAACAACAAAUAAUAUUUGUAAAAAGUAAAAAAUCUAUAAGCAAAAUUCAAAUAAAACAAUUAAUUUAUUGAAAAUUUAUUUUAUUAAUUCGUAUUUUAUUUUUAUGCCUUUAUUUGCUUGAAUAUUUUUUGUAAUAUAUAUAAAAUUUUGAACUAUUAAAUUAUAAUUAA